AUGUUGCAAUUGAUCGCAUAUUUCGUUCUGAACGUCAUUGGAUUUCUAUUUUUUCUCUCCGUUUGGAGAAUAUUGCCGAAGGUUUCUUUUUUAGUUGAAGUCACUCUGAAAAUAUUAAUUACCAGCCCAAACCGUUGGAUUAUACAACGAUUCCCGGCCUGAAACUCGAUGUCGCCGAAGCUGAAGAGAUUCCGCCGAUGGUCGUUGGACCAGGAGAAGAGGUCGAUUAUGAAUUUCGGGGUCAUUGGGACAAAAUUAAAAAGUUUUUCAACUGUUUCGAAUCGCUAUGAAAGUUCAUUUUGAAGGUUUCCUUCAUUGAGACUUUUCUUGGAGUACCUUGAAUUGAAAUUCGGGCCUCUGAACUCAUUUUACUGGUCGAAUCGGUUCGUUGUCAGCGUUUGCAACCUUGAAUUGGUUCAGGAACUUCGUAAACAUGAGAAGCACUUGUGUGAGUUGAGAAUAAAAAGGGAAAAAAAAAUUUUUUUUUCUCAAUUUGAUGGCAUUUUUCUAGUUCGAAGAAGCUGAAUUGUGCGAUUUAUUGAAAAAUCGAUUGAAAAAAAAAAAACUUGGACAUUUACGAGCAUUUCAAGUGAUCCCGUUAGCGGUGUCAGCACUAUUUUGCUUUACCGAGGUCCAUUUUUAGGGACGCCAGAGUGGUCCCUAUAAGGGGGGAGGUAAAAACAGCCCUAUAGAGGUCUCAAAAGUGCUCCCUAUAGUGAAAAUUUGGGCGGGUUAGGAUCUAACCUUCAAGCCUCUUAAUUUCAAGUGGCCUCUAUAAAGAUCUUUUAAUUUUUUGUGAACUUGCUCCCCUAUAGGGAUUAUUUUUGCAAGCUUUAGUGACCCCUAUAGGGGAGGUAUAGUGGUCCCUUGAUUCAAAUCUUUAAAGCCCUCUAGGAACCACUCUGGCGAUCCUAAGGUGGUAGUAUAUUCUAUGUCGAAAUUUUAAAAGGAGCAUACUUUCAUGCGAUAUGCCUUAAAAUUACAGGACACUUUUCAAAAAAAAAAAUUCAUCCUGUGUUAUUUUGAGUCAGAGCAAAACCGUUGUUAUUAUUAACACAACAGCAUUUUCUGCCUCGCUGAAUGGUUUUUUUGUAAUUGAGAAGCUUUUCUUUAAACAAAAAGAUUAUUAUUUCAAGAAUUUAUUAUUGUUUUGUUUAUAUAAAUUUUUCAGUAGCCAUUUCACCAUUAGCCUUUUGCCAGUUAUUUGCAUGCCGAUCCAGAAAUAUGUACUGCGGCCCGUUAUAA